CAUCGUUUCUUAGUUUUAGGUGGGAGCCGUCUCACUUAUACGGAUAACGUAUUUACGUGCUCAAUAAAGAGCACGUCGCGUGCAUUUUAAAAUUUUCACUAAUCUAUUACACUUUUAUUGUUUUUAUUAUAUUUUGAACAAAUAUACACAAUUUUUAGUCAAUACACAACAUUUUUAGCCUUCAUCACGACGCCCCCUUCCCAAAAUCUCUGGCUCCGGCGACUACCAGCUGCGGUAAACUGGGUUGUGACCUGCGACCUGCGACCUGCGACCGCAGGCUAGAGGGGUGCAAGGAUCUGUUCUAACCGAGUACGCGGAUUGGCGAAAAAUCGGAUCUGGCAUAGCGACGGCUGCUUCACGCGACUGAACGACGCCUAAUCGACGCCAGGGAUUCCUAGGACACUUCAGGUGAGUCGACCCAGCCUGGCGCGUUUUCUCCGUCUCCGGCGCCUAGGCUAAGCCGUGAUGAUUAUGCACGUGACGUGAAAGAACAGGUCCUUAAAGCGAAUCCUGCAAUUGCUUUUAGCCUUUUAGCCGUUUUAGGUAUAUUUCACCAUUUAAAGAAGCCAAUCGACUUUAUAAGGAAGCAGAAGAUGCUAGUGAAAUUGAGGUCUUCCCUCUUUAGUACUCCUCAAUACACCUCACUUCUGCACUCCAGAGUUCAUUCCCUGGCUCCUCCAUUUUCAGUCUCUUUCCCAAUCCCUUCAUCUUUCCGUCAUGCCACUUUCAAGACCUCUAAAGCUUCACCACAGACUGAAACCGCUAGCAUUCCGCAAAAUGACUUAUUUGUGCCACCUGGAGUUAACCCAGAAGUUAUUACUGACAAAAUGAUCCUACCCGGCUCUAAUAUUGUCAUUGGACCAUAUGCUGGAGACUCCAAGAUUAACAGUGUGGAGUUUGUGAAGAGUAGCAAUAAGGUGAAGGACUGCCCUAAGGACGAUCGACCUGAAUUUGCCAUGCUGGGUCGGUCAAAUGUGGGGAAAUCCUCCCUCAUUAAUGCUCUGGUUCGAAAGAAAGAGGUUGCUCUUACAUCGAAGAAGCCCGGGAAAACUCAGCUAAUUAAUCACUUUUUAGUGAACAAAAGUUGGUAUAUAGUGGAUUUGCCUGGAUAUGGUUUUGCCAAUGCCUCUGCAUCUGCUAAAAUGGAUUGGUCCUCUUUCACAAAAGGAUACUUCUUAAACCGAGAAACUUUGGUUUCGGUUCUGCUUUUAAUUGAUGCAAGUGUACCAACUCAGAAGAUUGACCUUGACUGUGCUAAUUGGCUUGGCCGAAAUAAAAUACCAAUGACCUUCGUCUUCACGAAGUGUGACAAGAUGAAGGGGGGGAAAGUAAAACCGCCAGAUGAAAACAUAAGAGAAUUUCAAGAGUUUCUCAGACAAAAUUAUAAACACAUUCCUCCAUGGAUAGCAACGAGCAGUGUCUCGGGAUUGGGAAAGGAUGAACUUCUUUUGCAUAUGUCUCAGUUGAGGAACUUUUGGGACAGUGAUUUGCCAGACUAAAGAGCCUGUUUGGUUUGGAUCACAUGAAGUAGCAUUGUUCAAGCAUUUGCAGCUGUUGGUGAUGAUAACAUUGUUAGAAUCUAUGUCGAGGCAAACACUACUCCCAUCCUCCAGUUUGGAAGACACGUGCAUUUGGGAAUCUGAGAUGAGUUGCCAUCUUGAGCUAUUACCCGAACAUGUAGUACCAAGUUUUGCUGGUUUUCCAAGACCUUCUGCCUCUAAGCAACUGUUAGUUUCUUCAUCUGUUAAUGUAUUAGCUGGAGAUGUAGAGUAAUUCCAUGCUAUUGACUCAGAGCAUGGACCUAACUCAAGUGGUUGGAGGAGUGAAACUCUUCUAAUACAUAGCCCAGUCAUUGGAUGGAAAAUUAGUUUAUGUGGACAACACUCUUCAUAACCUGGUCCUGCCUUGAAAUGGAGACUGAAGGGCGGAAAUGGUCUGAAGGAAGGUGGUGUUCCUUGGCUGACUCCAA